AUGGCUGAAGCACUUCGUAUGUUCAAGAGUAGUGAGGACGAAAGCAAUUUCGAGGGGGUUUCAAUGGACGAAACGGUUGAAGAAACACGGCCAAUCGCAGCGGGAACAUCGAUGGUUUCAUGGCGAGAGAUAGCGGGCGACUCGGACGAAGAAGAAGAGGAUUUUGACGGUUUUUCGGACAUCGAAGUUCAAGAACUCGACAGCGAUAGUGUGAGCGAAAGUGGAAGCGAGAUAAGUAGCGAUGGUUUUGAUGAUAUUUUUGAAUGGAAAGAUAAUUUAAGUAGCGUUAGUGUUGAAGACUUUACUGCCGAUUUUGGUCCUCGACAUGGCUUGGGUUUAGACGCUUCCCCUAAGGACUUUUUCGACUUGUUUUUCGGCGAUCAGUUUUUCGAUCAUAUUGUGCAUGCUACAAUUUCGUAUGCGCGUUCAAAUCACAACGAUCAAAAUUUUACAACCAACCGCGACGAAAUGUCUGCAUUUUUUGGUCUAAAUAUUUUGAUGGGGAUUAACCGACUACCAACAAUUCGGUCAUACUGGGAUUCAGAUUUGUUUUUAGGAAAUGCCGGCUUUAAAACAACAAUGCCUUCCAAACGUUUUUUGAUUUUGAAUAGGUACUUUCAUAUUUCGGACCCGCAGCAAGAAAAUCCAACAGACAAACUUGCAAUACUUCGGCCCCUUAUUUCAAAGCUCGACAAAGCUUUUCAAGAUGUUUAUGUGCCUGGAAAAAACAUUUCGAUUGAUGAAGGUUUGGUUAAAUUUAAUGGUCGUUUAUCUUUCAAGCAAUAUAUGCCUAAAAAACCGAAUAGAUUUGGUAUUAAAGUUUGGAUGUUAGCCGAUUCUGAAACUUACUUCGUGCCGCGCUUUCAAGUUUACUUAGGUAAACAACAAAAUGCCGAUGAAAAUGAUGCGGUAGGGGCGCGAGGUCUCGGUUUUAAAGUUGUUGAUUUCCUGGGAAAACCCUACUAUAAUACUUACCGUCACUUCUACUUCGAUAAUUAUUUUUCCUCCGUUCCUUUACUCGAACAUUUGCUUGAAAAUAAAACUUACGCAUGCUCGACCUUGCGCCAUAAUAGGAAACAAUUUCCGGCCGAUUUGAAAAAGGUAAAACUUAAACGCGGUGAGAUUCGAACACGACAAAAUAAAAACUUAGUUUGCAUGACAUGGCAGGACAAGCGUUUAGUGACGAUUUUAUCGACCAAUGUCGAUCCACAGCCUGAAGUUUUCGGCCCUUUAAAUGAGCGCACAGCUAAAAGAAAAGCCGUUCCAGAUAAUUUGCGCGUAAAACCUGCCGUCAUUUCUUUUUACAAUAAAUUUAUGAACGGCGUAGAUGUAAACGACCAAUAUAGGAGCUACUACCCUGUAGGAGCUCAAUCUAAAAAGUGGUGGAAAUAUUUGGCUUGGUUUUUCGUGAAUAUUUCGAUUGUAAACGGUUUUAUUUUGCAAAAUUUGCAGACAGAUCGACGCCGUCGCCUAAAACAUUUAGAUUUCCGUCUUGCUUUGGCAAGGCAACUUAUUUCGAACUAUAACGGCUACAAGAGAAUUUCUAGUGCUCCAACUAGCCGUAAAAAAGAUGUUCCAGUGGGUAGAAAUGUCAAGGGCCAUAGCUUAGUAUUGUCUUCAGAGCGAAAACGAGCGUGUGUGAUGUGUGCAAAAGCUGGAAGGAAGCGUGCGUCGGGAAGAACGUUUGAAAGUAAAUAUAAGUGUGCCCAAUGUAAUGUAAAUCUUUGUAGAGAGCGUGCUUGUUUUAUGGAAUGGCAUCAAUAA